AUGAAAUGGAUCAUCUUAGUAUUGGGCGAUCGUAUGACGCACUCUCCAGAAAAGAAUAUACUCGUCCAACAAAUGGAACUUAUCGGAUCCUCAAUUCGUGCCAAUGACGGUUUUUGCAAAAUGGAUUGUACCUGGAUGGAAACAAGAAGUCUCCUACUAGAUUGUGGCCUUCGUCUUCCUCGCGCAGAAGCACGCGCCCAGGCUGCAGAUACAGCGAGCAACCAGCCGUCCAAUAUCCGAAUCGAUUUACCCACGACUAGCAAACCAAUCGCAAAACCUCCCGCCAAUCAAAGUGAUGAGUCACGUCCGAAAUCAGAUGGUGGUUUACUAAACAAUGUGAUCAGUACCUUAUCCUCAGCUGGAAUGCAUAUUCUCGGAAAUGUGGGAAAUUCCACUGCACCACUCGCCAACCAGGUACCCAAUCCAAAAGUCACCGACAAUCAGGAAAAUGCAGGCGAAGACUUCAUUAUUUUAUGCGAGGAGGACAAUGAGAAUGUGGACAAUAUUGGAAAUAGAUCAGAUUCCAUAAAUCCUAGCGCAACUACCAGUUCCCAAGACGAUGCGGUCGGCAGUGGUGAUACCGGUUUCAAAUUUGACUAUCAGCCUCCCGGUUCAACAGACAGUGUGAUCCUCACUUCUGCCGACUUAGAUUGCCUUACUCCCGGUGCCCUGAUCAACGAUGCCAUCAUCAAUUUCUACCUCAAAUAUCUCUACUUUGAACAACUGUCCGAUUUACAACGUGCUUGCACAUACGUGUUCAACUGCUUCUUCUAUAGUCGGUUAUCCGGUAUGACACCAACCCCGCCGGCCGCGAAUACACGAAGCCAGAACACAAAACCGGAAAUGCUCAAGGGUUCUGUCCCUCAAAGCUCUUUGGCCCCAUCUCACUGGUUCCUUGGCCUCGUCUGCUAUCCAUGGAUGGCAGGCAUGGUCAGCUAUACAGCCCUGUAUCAGGCGGCCGCCUUUGAUAUGUGCCAACUCACUGAGCAAUUUUCCAAUAUAGACAGUUUAGUUGGGCACCUGAACGUGGACGAUCGAAUCAUCUGCGAUGCUCCUCUCGAACGACUGCCGGGUGAUACAGUGGGUGCUGCAUUCGAUCGAUGGCGUCGUCAACGUUUGAUUUGGCUUCGCAGUCGAGGAAUCAACGCCAUCUAUCUCCAAGCUGAAUGGGAUACCCGACGUUCCGGAGAAGAUGGUGCUCUUUCUUUUAACAGAGACACAAUUCGCGGAUUUAGCCCCCGUGUCCCCAGUCAAAGUAAUCUAGUUGAUUGUGGUAUUUAUCUGCUGCAUUACGUGGAAAUGUUCUUCAAGCAACCGGUGAAAAGUUACACAAAGGAUUAUUUCCAGCAUGAAAUGGCUAGCUGGUUUUCUGAGGCCACUGUGGGCAAAAAACGCAUGGAAAUCUACAAUGUGAUCACACAGUUACACGAACGUUCCCAGUCGACCCGCCCGUCAGAGUCAACUGCGUCCUCACUGUUGUCGUGA